CCGGGGCGUGAGGGGCCCGUGUUCCUGCCGCGGCAGGGCGAGAAGGGCUCGUCCUCGGGCACCUCGACCCCGAGGACGACCGACAGCCCGACGCCGAAGGUGGACUGGGCGACUCCUCCGCGGGCAGGGUCGAUCUGCUGGGCGGACUGCACUGACCUGGAGCUCGACCAGCAGAGCGAGGAUGGCCUGCAGAGCGAGGUGUCCCUGCUCAGGACCCACUGCUUCAAGCAGGGCAGCCCGCCGCCGGUCUGGAGCUGCCAGCUCGACGACGCCCGCGGGUGCCGGGCAUUCGUGGAGAUCAAGGUGCUGGGCGUGUGGCACACGUUCUCCGGGCAGUGGUGCCCCGACGAGGAGACGGCCGAGGUGGACGUGGCGAAGCGGGUGCUGUGGUACCUGCAGGCCCCCGGGCUGGAGGACAUGUUCGAGCCCGACUUCGACCACGCGCGCGCCGCGGCGCAGGAGAUCCCCGGGCCAGCGACGACGAGCUGGUGCAAGGACAGCGCCUCCGAGGGCGAGGCCCAGCAGCAGGCCAAGCAGCUCGCCGAGCGCAAGACGACGAUGAUGAGGGUCCAGAACAGGCUGCAGCAGGCCUACGCUCGCCAGCUCGAGGCCGGCACGAGUGUCUGGCACUGGUCGGUCCUGAGGGACAAGAAGGACAAGCACUGGCCCCCGCGCUGCCGCGCCGUGGUGGCGGUGCCGCUCGCCGGCCGGAGCUUCUCCUCGGACUGGACCCGCGGGCAGAAGGAGGCCCAGAUCGACGCUUGCAUGAGACUCCUGGAGUUUCUGGAUGUCGAGUUCCCCAGGGUGCGGUCGUGA